AUGGCCAGCUCCAUGGCCAACGUCGACCAUACACAGCUGAACACCGAGUACAACUCCAUGGCCGGCUCGCGCCCUGCUUCGUACAUUGCGAACUCGUCAAUUGGGCCGUCAGACUUCCACGUCCGCAGCAACAUCCCAGACGCGUCCCCUCUCAGCCAACAGCAGCAGCAGCAGCAGCAGCAGCAGGCGUCUGCUCCCCAUCAGUCUCGGUUCCAGGAAGUGCUCUCAGUCAGCAGGCGAGGCUCUAUGAUGGACAGCGGCUCCGUAAGAGAAGGUCCUCGUACGGACUCUCCGGCUUCGACAGCAAAUACAAACCCCAUUUCGCUCCCGUCUCGGAGCUCGACGCUAAAGAAAAAACCAUCGCUUAGCAAGAAGGCGAGUUUGCGGCGGGGAGGCAGCCGCAAGAGCAGCCGGGCCGGCAGUGUGCGCAGCAUGAACCUGGGCGAGAAGGAGAAGUAUGGAGUUGCGCAGGACGAGGCCAACAGCGCAUUCUUCGUCCCUAUCCCAACGAGCGGGAACCCGACUGAAGUCCUCGCUGCUCGGUUUCAAGCUUGGAGAAAGGUACUAAAGGACCUGGUCGCAUUCUUCCGUGAUGUUCAGCGCUCAUGUGAAACGCGCGCGAAGAGUCUCAUCUCCGCUUCAAACGCUAUAAAUAAUAUAACCAUGCCACCGAUGUUUUUAAUCUCCGGCGGCAUAUCGGAUGCGACGGAAAUAUUAAAGGACUAUCAUAAACAGGCAUUGCAUGAAUCCAAUAAGGCUAGGGAGAUGGAGACCGAGAUUAUCAUGCAGCUCAACGGACUACGGGCUGAUCUGGGCCAGAAGAUUAAGGAAAUCAAGAACCUGUCCGGUGACUUUAAGAAUACAGUUGAUAAGGAGGUUGAGGUUACUCGAAAGGCCGUCAAGCAUCUACAUGAGGCCCUUGGCCUGGUAGACAGUGAUGCUGCUGCUACCUCAGGCAAGGGUGAUCCGUUUCUUCUCCGGAUGAGUGUCGACAGGCAGCUGGAAAGACAGAUUGAAGAGGAGAACUAUCUACAUCGAAAAAACUUCCAGGCGUACCUAAACCUUGAAAGGUCUGGUCGAGAACUUGAAUCAAUCGUGGUUGGUGAAAUACAGAAGUCAUAUAAUGUAUACGCCAGCAUCCUGAAGCGGGAUGCCGAUUCCGCUUAUCAUGCGGUUGAGAGGCUCAAGGAAGGACCUAUUUCUAUCCCCAAGGACCAUGAAUGGCGUUAUUUCAUUGACCAGACUGACCAGAUGGUCGAUCCUGACCUGGAUUUAAGAGAUCUGGCAAAUAUAACAUACCCUGGAAAGGAUCACCCUGCUGCCGCAGAGGUCCGCGCUGGCAUGCUGGAGAGGAAGAGCAAGUACCUGCGAAGCUAUACACCUGGGUGGUAUGUUCUGUCACCGACUCAUUUACACGAGUUAAAAUCGGCAGAUCGAAUUGCAUCCCAGCACCCUGUAAUGUCUCUGUAUCUCCCCGAGCAGAAACUAGGAUCCCACUCAACGCCUGAAUCGUCAUCCCACAAGUUCAUGCUUAAGGGCCGUCAGACGGGAUCGAUGCACCGCGGACAUGCUUGGGUGUUCCGUGCUGAAUCCCAUGAAACAAUGCUAGCCUGGUACGACGACAUCAAGGCCCUGACUGAAAAGACUGGCGCAGCAAGAGACGCAUUUGUUCGAAGACAUGCUCGCUCUUACAGUGGCGCCAGCUAUCGAACCGCCUCUAUUAGUAGUGACGGGGUUAUGGACGAAGAUGAAGCCGAUAAGACUCCCUACUCGGCAGACCAUUUGAUGCAAAGGCAGCAUUCCCCUACAAGCGAGGCAACCACUGCCACUGGCUCCCAAUGGCGACGUCAGAGAAGUGUUGGUCGGUUCCCAAGCGAUGUGCAGAUUAACCAGCAUCUAAACGCACCUCUCUCACCCGCUAGCUCUGAGAAUCGCGACAUCAGCAAUACUGUGCCGAUCUCAAACGCAGUCAACCACAACAGUAUCAACAAUGAGCAGAGACAGAGCCAGCAUUUCAACCAAGGUAUAAAUGACCUUCCGAGCCGGGCAUCCAUGGACAGUGAAUCCAGGUCCAGCAGACCAAUAUUCGACAGACGUCGCUCGCAAGUCAAAUAUGAAGACUGGGCGCAACCACACCAUCACCCCCGACCAAUCACAAUAUCCUCCCAAGGUGGAGAUGCUAGCCGCCUUGUACAACAAACUCCUUCUCCACUCUCGGAAUCUCCCUAG